CUCUGGAAGUGACUAUGGACUGGUGGUCAGAAAAUUACUGGGUUAUGAUUGACUUGUGGUCAAAGGCUUGGCUUGUGGAGGCAGUGGUUGGCCUUUCUAAAAGAAAUGUCCUUGGUCCUCAGUCUUGCAAUCCAGAAAUUCACCCUCCAGUAUUUUAUCUUAUGUGGACCAUCAUUAACAUUGCAAGAAUAUCCAGCAUGCCUCUAUGGGAGAGCCACAUUCUAUUUGGAGCUGUCUUACUCAGAUGGCUUCUACCAGUCCUCAGCUUCUACAUGCUCUUCAUUUCCUACCGUAACCUCAACAAGCACAAAGCCUGGCUAGCCAUCAACAACCCUAGUGUGAUCCCAUGGACACGGUAUCUGACCCAGAAUGGCUUGGCAGUGUUUGCCUGGUGGACCCUCUUGAAUGCUGUGAUGGAUCUUGGCAUAGUGCUCAAGUACAGAGCUGGUCUGCCUGACCCACAGGUCAGCACCAUCAUGCUCACCAUAGUCACCUUGUGCACUAUAAUCUGGUUCAUCCUGCAGAACGUCCUAUUAAUCAAGUGCAUGCGCUAUACAUUCAGCGUUUACGCCAUUCUCAUUCUGGGCGUGGGGGCAAUGUUCACCAGAAGCUAUCGUGUCCACAACUUCACUACAAACGCAAUCUACUGUGGGUUUCUUAUGCUCCUGAUGACCAUCAUGAGUAUGAUCCAUUUGGUCUCAGCAUGCUUGUGCACGGAUAAGACAAACAAACCUCUUGCAGUGCAGCCUCAUUGGAAAUUAGCGGACUGUAAGACCGUGUGCCAACCAGAGGGAAAGAUCAAGCAAAAACAUCAAAACUGAAAUCACCACAAAAGAUUUCUGCAAAAUCUGGGUUCAUCUGAUCAAAAACAAAUUAAAUAAAUCAAUUUAUGUAUCAAACAUGUGGAAACAUAUUCCUGAGUCACAACAUCUGACCAUUUAUCCAUUGGUCUAACUUAAAUGUGAGAAUAGUGGUUAUUUGCAAUUGUGCACUUUACAUUAAUUACCAAAGGGGGGCAGCAAAUACUCACUUCACACUAAGAAUGUGUCAUGACAAAGAA